AUGAAUUCAUCACAAUCGAUGUUAUGGAAAUGGAGAAAUUUUACUGAUGCACUGGGUGAUGACAUCACUGGUAUUGCUGUAUCGAAUAAUUAUAAAAGUCUGAUUGUCGCUUUUAUGAAUAGAAGUGGUGUCGUAUCGUCAAAUGGUCGUUCUUUCUUUGUAUUGGCUACAGGCCUUAGCUAUUGUCACUAUGCUAUUCUAUUACCUUCUGGAUAUUUCAUGUUAUAUACAGAUGCAGGAGAACAUAUCUAUAAAAUUAAUCUUAUCACAAAGGAACAAACAGUAUUACUGAGUAAUGUUGGCGGGUCAGCUGGUACCCGUGGCUUAGCAUACGAUUCGACAAAUCAUUGGCUUUAUUUCUCGGGUGCACAACUAAUGCGCAGUCGUCCAGAUGGCACCGAGUUACAAAAUAUAACUCGACAUCUAAAUUUAAGUUACGAUAAUCCAGGUUUCCAAAUCAUACUAGAUGAUUAUGUCGAUCCUAGAAACCCUCGAAUCUAUUUGGCAUUCAAUGGUGGUCUUUAUAUGACAAAUACUGAUGGCAGUAAAGAGCAAUUGAUAUUUUCAUCUCCAGUAGAGGCUAAUUACACUGGACCAUAUGGUGUUACUAUUGGCAUAGAUUCCAAUGAUGACAAACGAUAUAUCUACUGGAGUCGAGGUCGUCGAUCAAAAGAGGCUAUUUUGGAGCGUUCAGUGCUUAGUGAUGAUGGAUGCUUAACAACAAUCGAAACUAUAUGGAAUCAGAGUUCAACGAUAGAAGCAUCAUGGUUCUAUGCUUUAGCCUUGGUACCGUGGAAAUUUCCAUAA